AUGGACCCGAGCAUCCAGCGUGCACUGAACGAGAAGCUGUACGAUAAGAGGAAGGUCGGAGCUCUUGAUCUCGAGCGCGUCAUUCGAGAUCUAGCUGCGGCAAAGGAGUCCAACAAGAUUAAAAAGAUUAUUCAGCAGCUCUGCAAUGACUUUGCCUACGCCGUUCACCAGCCUCAUGCGAGGAAUGGCGGACUCAUUGGCCUUGCAGCCGCUGCUAUUGCCUUAGGGCCGGAAUUAGCGCGGUAUCUGGACGAGAUCGUGCCUCCGGUGCUGGCUUGUUUCACGGAUCAAGAUGCUCGCGUGCGUUAUUAUGCCUGCGAGAGCAUGUACAAUAUCGCCAAAGUGGCGAAGGGCGAAGUUCUACCAUAUUUCAACGACAUCUUUGACGCAUUAUGCAAGCUUGGUGCCGACUCAGAGCUCUCGGUCAAAAAUGGGGCGGAGCUCCUCGAUCGUUUGAUCAAAGAUAUCGUCUCCGAGUCCGCUGCCACAUAUGUUUCCUUAGUUCACACGUCUGAGGACUUUUUUGCGGACACUGAUAAGGAAUCACGAGACGAGUCCAUGGAUAUGCCCACAGCCUUCUCACUUGCUGAUUUCAUCCCUCUCCUCAAAGAACGCAUUUAUGUUAUCAACCCCUUUACUCGGACCUUCCUCGUUGGAUGGAUUACCCUCCUGGACUCUAUUCCGGAUUUAGAGCUCGUCUCGUAUCUACCAGAGUUUUUGGGUGGCCUGUUUACGUUCCUCAGUGAUCCAAACCGUGACGUUCACGUUGCCACGCAGGGAGCUCUUGAGCGAUUCUUGAGCGAAAUCAAACGGAUUUCUCGCAUCAAGAAAGGUAUUGAGGAAAGCCGCAAAUCUAGAAGCGAAGGCAAACGAAAACGCUCUGGAUCCAUGGACAGUGAUGCGUCUAUGAUCCCAGAUGCUGGUGGAGAUGAUCAAUCUGUGACAGUUGCUGAUGAUAGGGACGUCAGCAGUGACGAUGACUGGGUGCCUGGCCAAGAUGUUCAGGUCAACCAUAAGGCCAUUCUUGAGAUAUUAACAGCGAAUCUCGAUUCUCCGCUUGAGGAGGAGAGCUUACAGGAGUCCCUUCGAUGGAUCGCAGAGUUUCUUGAUAUAUGCCCUGAAGAAGUUCUGCCGUUUGCCCCGAGGAUACUUGCCCAUCUUCUCCCCGCUAUGGCUAGUGGUCUAGAACCAAUUCGACAAGCAGCUGCUCGAGUCAACACAUCACUGAUGGACUAUGUUGUAUCGCUUUCUGACGAAGCCACCUCUUCUCAAUCAUCGAGAAUCUCCCUGGGUACAAAAGAAACCACGAAUAUCGAAAAGAGAGACUCAAGCAGCGCCACUCGUGGCCCUACUUCAGGGGCUCGAGAGCAGGACAGGCGGGAGUCCGAGAUUCAAACCCCAUCCCCCCCUUAUGACAAAGGGUUGACACCCGCGUCAACUCCGCAACCGCAGGUUGAUCUUGAUUAUGCCGCAGCGGUCAACUCUCUCACCUUGCUCUUCUUGAACGACCAUGAAGCGACUAGAGUUGCAGCGCUGACCUGGUUGCUUAUGCUCCACAAAAAGGCCCCUCGAAAGGUUUUGGCAAUCAACGAUGGCACUUUUCCUGCACUUCUCAAAACACUCUCUGAUCCUGCAGAGGCAGUUGUGACUAGAGAUCUACAACUUCUAUCCCAGAUCUCAAAAAACAGUGGAGAUGAUUAUUUUACUUCCUUCAUGGAGAAUUUGCUACAGCUAUUUUCAACUGACAGAAAGCUCUUGGAGACUCGAGGUAACCUAAUUAUUCGGCAGUUGUGUGUUAGUCUCAGCCCCGAGCGUAUUUAUCGCACGCUGGCAGACUGUAUUGAGAAGGAAGAUGAUGUAGAAUUUGCCAGUAUCAUGGUUCAAAACCUUAACAAUAAUCUUAUUACGGCCCCGCAAUUAGCUGAUCUUCGCAAACGACUUCGGAAUCUUGAGACAAAGGAUGGGCAGACCUUUUUCGUUACCCUUUUCCGCUCUUGGUGUUACAAUGCAGUAGCCACUUUCUCACUAUGCCUACUGGCUCAAGCAUAUGAGCAAGCAUACAAUCUCCUGCAAAUAUUCGCGGAGUUGGAGAUGACCGUAAAUAUGCUCAUCCAGAUCGACAAAUUGGUUCAACUACUCGAAUCCCCUGUGUUUACUUAUCUUCGCCUACAGCUACUUGAACCCGAAAAACAUCCCCACCUCUACAAGUGUCUUUAUGGCCUUUUGAUGCUGCUUCCCCAGUCUGCCGCCUUUGCUGCGUUAAAGAAUAGAUUGAAUAGUGUUAGUGCGAUAGGGUUUCUGCAUAUCGCACCUCGAGUCGCCCCUACUAAUGCUGGCCCUUCAAAUUUCGACAGAUCAAGUAGGCUGAAAGGGAGGGACGAGGGCGGUAUCCGGUGGAAUGAGCUCCUUGAGAAGUUCAAGAGCGUUCAGGACCGGGUUCGGCGGGCGCAACGACCAGGAGGGGAUCUCGAUGAUGGGUUGGGGAUGCUUGAUGGGCGCGCUGGGGAAGGAUUGGAUACCAAAGCCUUUAAAGAAUUGGCCCGGUUGCCUAGCGCUCCAUUACCCCCCAAGGAUACUCCAACUGCACCAGCGCGAACCCAGCCAGAAGCAACUAAAUCGAAAUCAAGUCUAGGUAAAUUUGGGCGGUUGGGAGGGGCGGUCUCUGGAGGUAGGGCCAAGAGAUAA